AUGGACAGCGGGGAGAUUGAGGUCUCAAACCAGGAGGUGUCGUCCAACGUGAAUGACAUGGAUCAGUGCCCCGGCGGGUGCUCCAUGGAAAGCUUCUUCGAUGAGAUCCUCAAGGACUCUCACGCUUGCACCCACACACACACCUGCAACCCGCCGGGUCCGGACAUGUCCCACACCCACACCUGCUUCCAUGUACACACCAAGAUCAUCACCGCCCCAACCGAUGGCGACUCGGGGGAGAAGGGGGACUCUAGAAAGCGUCCCCUUGGAAAUAGGGAGGCCGUCCGCAAGUACAGGGAGAAGAUGAAGGCCAGGACUGCGUCGUUGGAGGACGAGGUGUCGCAGCUGAGGGAAGCCAACGACCAGCUGUUGAGGAGGUUACAGAACCAGGUUUCUCUGGAGGCGGAGGUCAUGAGGCUCAAGUGUCUCCUAGUGGACAUCAGAGGGAGGAUUGAAGGGGAAAUUGGUUCAUUCCCUUACCAGAAGCCGUUAAAAAAUAGUGGGGAUUUGCUGUCUGCUCCCAGCCAGAUGAACCUUCCCAUUGGUACCCAUGUCCUCAAUCCAUGUGAUAUGCGGUUCAACGAUCAGGUCUACUGCAUGCGCCAAGGGAUUCAAGAGAAGUCUGAGCCUGCCCAGGGAGGGCCAGAUGGCCAGGGAUAUGGCACAUGUGAUGCCGGAACAGUCCCGUGCUCGGCAGAUUCCAGCUCAGGUUCUGAGUUCUUGAACUGUGGGGUAAAUCUAAUGCCCAUGGCACGCGUUUCGAGUGCAAACAGGAAGAGAGGUGGGAUUUUUUUACCUUUAUUUCCUGUUAUUUAG